UAACGACAACAGGAAGAGCAGGGAGUAUUGGUUUAAAUCGGCUAGAAGAACAACCUGCAUGCAUUGUUUGUUCUUAAACUUUUCUGCACAUCUACAGACUGAUAAAUGUGCUGCUCUUAUUCCUCAGUAACUCUUAGUGUUCCAUAUGACCGUCUCAGCACUCAAACAGUUGUGAAUCAGAGCGUCCUUCCGGAUGAUCCAAUCAUAGCGCAGACCUCUCGGAGCUUGUCACUACUGCGCACGCUCCUCCCGCAGUCACUGUCCAAGUUAACCUAGAGACGGAACAUUUUCAACGUUUAAGAUGACGACUUCGUGGAGUGACCGUCUGCAGAACUGUGCUGAACUCCCGGCCAACAUGGACGGCAUUGCAAUGAAGAAGUAUCGACGCGAAGCUCACCACAGCUUUCCGAGGGAUCUGGCUCAUCCUGCAAUGAGAGUGUUUGUCAAUCGAAGCUUGGCCAUGGAAAAAAUCAAGUGCUUUGGAUUUGACAUGGAUUAUACUCUUGCUGUGUAUAAAUCUCCAGAGUACGAGUCACUGGGAUUUGACUUGACCGUUGAGCGUCUGGUAUCCAUCGGUUACCCCCAAGAGUUGCUCAACUUUGUCUACGAUCCCUCCUUCCCCACCAGAGGUCUGGUGUUUGACACCAUGUUUGGCAACCUGCUAAAAGUGGAUGCCUAUGGGAACAUUCUGGUGUGUGCACACGGGUUCAACUUCUUGAGGGGACCUGAGAUCAGAGAGAUGUAUCCCAACAAAUUCAUCCAGCGUGGAGAUACCGACCGUUUCUACAUCCUGAACACACUCUUUAACCUGCCGGAAACGUACCUCUUCGCUUGUUUGGUGGAUUUCUUUACUAACUGUCCCAGAUAUGCAAGUUGUGAAUCUGGCUUCAAAGAUGGCGACCUCUUCAUGUCAUACAAGAGCAUGUUCCAGGACGUGAGAGACGCUGUGGACUGGGUUCACUUCAAGGGAACCUUGAAAGAGAAGACGGUUGAGAACCUGGAGAAGUAUGUGGUAAAGGAUCCGAAGCUCCCUCUGCUCCUCAGCCGCAUGAACGAAGUGGCUAAAGUAUUUCUGGCCACCAACAGUGAUUAUAAAUACACUGAGAAAAUCAUGACCUACCUGUUUGACUUUUCUCAUGGACCAAAGCCGGGAACUCCUCACCGGCCCUGGCAGUCCUACUUUGACCUGAUCCUGGUCGACGCCCGCAAGCCCGUGUUCUUUGGGGAAGGUACAGUUCUGCGGCAAGUCGACAUUACCACGGGUCGGCUGAAGAUCGGCACAUACACCGGACUGCUCCAGCACGGCAUCGUGUACUCUGGAGGAUCCUCAGACAUCGUUUGCGACUUGCUGGGUGCUAAAGGAAAGGACAUCAUCUACAUUGGAGACCACAUUUUUGGAGACAUUCUCAAGUCCAAGAAGCGUCAGGGCUGGAGAACGUUCCUGAUCAUACCGGAGCUGGCCCAGGAGCUUCAUGUGUGGACUGACAAGAGCGCCAUCUUUGAGGAACUUCAGUCACUUGACUGCUUUCUCGCAGAUCUAUACAAGCAUUUGGACAGCAGUAGUAAUGAAAGACCUGACAUCAGCUCACUGCAGAGGCGCAUCAAGAAAGUCACCCAUGACAUGGACAUGUGCUAUGGAAUGAUGGGAAGUCUAUUUCGCAGUGGAUCCCGGCAGACGCUGUUUGCCUCCCAGGUGAUGCGCUACGCUGACCUGUAUGCGGCCUCUUUCAUCAACCUGCUCUACUAUCCCUUCAGCUAUCUGUUCAGGGCUGCACAUGUACUGAUGCCUCACGAGUCGACGGUGGAGCACUCACACGUCAACCUGAUAGACACGGAGUCGCCGCUCGCCACCCGCAACCGCCGAGACUUUGAUGUCAAAGAAAUGGAGAUCAAGCGGCACCAGCUCACUCGAUCCAUCAGUGAGAUCCAGCCGCCUCACCUGUUCCCCCAGGCUCCACAGGAGAUCACCCACUGCCACGACGAGGAUGACGACGAGGAUGACGACGAGGAGGAAGAAGAAGAAGAAGAGGAGGAGUGAAAGGAAGCAGAUAGAUGAGCCUUAUCUCUGUUGCACAUUUUAUUUGAUUGUUCAAAGCGUAAUGUUUUUGUCCAACUUUCAAGCGGCUGAUGGAUAUUUAAUCUCAUCCAGGUUUGCUGGUUUGGCCCGGAUCAUGAAGCCAGUUUGGAUCUAGUUGUUCUUAGUAAAGGAUUGUAAAGGAUUCAGGCAUAAGCAGAUACAGCAAAUAGAAAAGACUGAAUUAUACUGUGUGUUUGUGUGUGUGUGUGUGUGUGUGUGUGUGUGUGUGUGUGUAGGUCCUGCUGGUUUCUGUUCAGCCAUCAGCUUCUCCACUCAGUCGGAGCUCCUUUUUCUUACUGCCAUUUUGCUCUUUUGCUUUUGUUUUCCUGCAGCGUUAUGCACAAGUCUGCCAGUCUGUGCAUGAAGGCAAAGAAGCAGCUUUAUACUAUGUGCUCAUUUAAAUAUGUGGCAGCAGAUUUACAAUUUGUAUUACGUAAAGGCAGACCAAUCAAUUAAAACCAUCGCAACUGCUGGACUGUCAGAUAAAUGCUGGUGAUAAAUAUUUUGUGGGUGGUUAGUAUCAAAAAACAUUUGUGUAAUAAUAUUUAAAAAAGGCUCCAAGCAGAGACCUGAGCAGCUUCUGUAGGUUGUUAAAUGGUUAAACUACAUAAGAUGUUAUCAGCUUCCACUUCCUGUUCUCUGACACUCUGACAGGCUGCUGCUGUUACGACAUCUCAGACCAGCUCAGAUGUCAGGAUGUGGUCAGAUUGUGCAGCUGUACAGAGAAUCCUGUAAACAUGGUCAACUAAUUCUGCAGAGGUGUUUUAGGUUUUACUGGAUGGACUGAUGGAUUAUUCAAUAUUCUAGCUCUAGUUAAUUGACCCUCAGGUCGAUUAGUAAGUUGGUCAAAUUUCAGUCUCUCUUUUUAACUGAUUUGAGUCUGUUCCUCAUCUAGAUUCAUGGUACAACAAGAACACAGAUCAGCCUUCAAAAAUGUUUUUUUUCUUUUGUCUUCCUGCUGUGAGAAGUUAUUCAUUAUUAACUCAUGUAAUCUACCUGUUUAGGAAAUGGCUCACAUUGAGUCUUUUUCCCUCAGCAACAAAGUUCGCUAACACUUUAUUUGAUGGGGUGUGCAUAAGACUGACAUGACACUGUCAUAAA